AGUACUGUUCAGGCCUCUUGUUUCAUUUGACGGAAUCGUGUCGAGUGGUUAUUCAUAAUAAAUUCACUGAUGUGGGUUCUCUAUCGUUAGUUUGCCUAUAUGAGAUGUAUUUGGAUAAAAAAGAAAGGAAUUAUUUUCCGCUAUUGGCGUUAUAAGACUUUAAUACUAAUUUGUUUAGUGAUUUUUUCUAGUGUUUUUGUCAAUACAUUUCAUUCCCGCGUUAUUUAAGAGAUUAGCCGUUGUAAAAGUUCAAAACGUCUACCCUUUUAAAAUAUAGUGAUAUCAAUAUAAUAAAGAAAAUAACAUACACAAGCUUAAUGUAUGAACUAAUUGUUUAUAUCCUUUACUUUUUGAAUUUACUCUUAAUUGUUAAAGUGGUAUCUGUAAUAAGAUAUUAGAUAUUGUGAAACAAACCAAAAAUAUAUAAGGAUUUUACUCACAUUUAAAAAAGAAAUUAAAAAAUACAUUCGUAUGUCAGCCAUAGCAACAAGCAUCAUAGAAAAUAGCUCUGAAGCCUUUUCGGGUGAUCCAGGACAAGAGGAUAAUCAGAUUUUAACUGAGCUAAACGAUGUUGAACUGGUAAUGAGUCUGUCUUCAAAAUCAGUUGAAUCUAAUUCGAUUUCCCAAAAUCAUCAUAUUGGACAACAAAUUUUGAAACAGACGUCUGCAGUACAAUCACCGCAUAUAGAUACGGUGGCAACAGUUGCGAUCGCGCAUCAACAGUAUAGCAUUUCAAAUUUGCAGCAUUUACAAAAUUUGCAUAACCAACAUAAUAGUCAAAGUUCAUAUUUUAACAACCAUUCUACACCAUUUAGUGUGACUGAUAUACUCAGCCCUAUUGAAGAAUCGUACCGAAAACUGGAAAUUAGCGGAAAUCCUCCAUCACCUUACCGGUAAUAUAAAUAAAUUUUAGUAUAAGGCUCAAAUUCAAGCCGCAGCAGUAUUAAUUCACCUAGCACAUUGGGACCAUCAGCAAUGGCAAAUCCUUACACAAUGGGUUCAAUUUAUCAUAGUCCAGGAGUUCAAAGUUAUUGUGGGCCUACAGAAAACUUAUCCUUGGCUGGACAUUAUAGCGAUAUGCGAACUUCAGCAUCUUGGUAUGGAACUACAGCGAAUGAUCCAAGAUUUGCAAUUUCACGCCUAAUGGGAGGAUCUGCGUCCGGUUCUAUGGGACAUAUGGCAAAUAUGGGAAGUUUGGCUACUUGCUCUGUAAGCGAUGCUAAGUCUUUACAGUUUCCUUUAACACAAAGAAGAAAACGACGAGUAUUGUUUACCCAAGCUCAGGUUUAUGAGUUGGAAAGAAGAUUUAAACAACAAAGAUACUUAUCUGCGCCCGAACGAGAGCAUUUAGCAAGCCUGAUACACUUAACACCGACACAGGUUAAAAUAUGGUUUCAAAAUCAUAGAUAUAAGUGCAAAAGACAAGCUAAGGAAAAAGCAAUGGCAGAACAAAAUCAACAAAAUCAGUCCGCGAGCUCACCUCGGCGUGUUGCAGUUCCCGUUUUGGUAAAAGAUGGAAAACCUUGCUCAGGAGGUAACACAAUUCAAUCACACUCACAACAACAAGUCAGCAGCGUAAAUAAUGUGGGAUCAAAUAUCGUAAAUGGAAACAACUCUUUAUCCAGUAAUAUAAAUCUUAUUAACGAAUCUGCAGGCUCCCACUCACCAGAUACGUCUUCAUCAAUACAUGCGUCGUAUAAUGGAAAUGUAACUGGUACUAAUACGCAGAUGUUGCAACAGCCGUGUAAUAACACAAUUGUAUCUAAUAGCUUAGCAAUGGCUUACAGAAAUCAAAAUAAUUUUAUGUCGAAUGGACACCAACAGCAGUGUACUGGUUACUUGCCCUUGCAGGGAAGAGCGUGGUAAAAAUUAUUAUAUAAGCUCUGUUAAUACUUUAAUUUUAUAUAUUAUUUAAUCAAUUUAUUCGUAGUAAGCAAGAGACAUUUAUAUACAAAUAAUAACAAUAAAAUAAUAAAAAG